AUUUAACAACAGGCAAAAAUUUCCUAGUUUUUUAUGUGUACAGUGGGGAUUUACGAUUUUUGCAUUGGGCAUCACCACUUAACGGUUUUUUGAGUGUAACCGUUGAAAUAACAAAAGGCAAAAAAUGUGGUAUUGUUAUUAUGUCAAGUAAUGUGUACCUACUGUAGGACGUAGGGACACUCCAACAACAGUUUCGCGCGCGAUUUACUUGAAACUUGAAAGCAUUGGAAAUUGGUAUUGGAUAGCGUAAUUAUCCAAUUAUAAGAAGAAAUAUAAAUUAAUAUACAGAAAUCUACUAUGUUUUCAAAAGCUAAACGAUUUGAACCAAUUGCUCCAGUCAAAACCCAAACAAAACCAACAGAAAAUUCAGAAGCCAUCAAGACGAAAAAGCUUUAUCUAUCUACAAAAUUAAAACAGCCAUUUACUCCUUCAAAACAGAAUGUUGAAACAAAGUCGCAGUGCAGCUCAGUUCCCAGUACCAGAUCUCUUAAAACCCCUAUACAUAAAGCAGCUUCAGGUAAUAAAAUAACGAAAUCAGUUAUGGGCAGUUCAACAAAUAAAUUGCUAACACUAAAAAAAGGUGAAGAAAACUCCAAUGAAGUUCGGCUUCGGGAUGAUAUUAUCUCAGCACAUGAGACUGAAAUUAGAAAUAAGGAUUAUACAAUUUCGGAAUACAAUAAACAAAUUGAAGAACUUAAGAAUGAAAUUGCCAAGAUGCAUAAAGUUUUGAAAGAUUCUAAAAAAAUUGAUGAUAUUAAUAAGCUACAGACUAAAUUAAGUAAAGUCACAUUAUGUGAUAAAACCAAAGAUAUAUCAGAAAAAUCUGUAGAUUCUAAAUUGUUAGAUGAUCUUAAAACACAAAUUAAAAAUUUGGAAAGUCACUGUAAAGUAUUAGAGCAUGAAGUAAAUCAUAAACAAGUGGAAUUGACAUCUCUUGAAGAUAUUAUUACAAUAAGGGAUACAUUAUGUACAGACUUGCAAAAAAAACUGACAAAUGUGGAGUCAUGUCUAGAUGAAACUCGACAAAGAUUAGAAAUGGUUAAAGGACACCAUUCUUUAGCUCUUGAGGCAAAUGAAAGUAUAAGAAGGGAAUACAAAUUAGAGUUAGAGACACUUAAAGCAAAAAUGGAAGAUGAAAAACAAAGUAUCACUGCCAAAUACAAAGCUGAACAAGAGAAUAUAAAAAAGAAAUACAAUGAAACAAUGGAAUUGAUCAAAGCAACAAUGCUGAAAGAAAAAGAUAAUCAAAUUAUGGAGCUGCAGCAACAACUACAAGCAAAAGAUGCAGAAAUGAAAGCUAAACUGGACCAAAUUGAGGAAGCUACUAGUGAAAAGUUAAGGCUGUGUGAAAUUCAGUUUGAGGAACGUAGUAGACCCAUUCAGGAACAUUGGGAGCAACAACAAAAAGAAAUACAACAGUUGCAGAAUGAAAUUAAGGAGCUUAAAAAUACUCUUACUGCUAAUGAAGAAUGUUUUGACAGGAUGCAUAUCGAAUUAACUAAGUUAAAAGAAGAGAAAGAAAACUUAGAAGCAGAAAAAUGUAGUGUUGCUAAUGAAUUAGAAACUAUGAAAGAUGAAAACAAAAACAAAAUUAUGGAUUUUGAAAAUCAGAUAAAUAAACUGACAGUAGAAGUUGAUAAAGCAAUCAAUGAGAAAAAUAAAUAUGAAAUGUCCUUAUCCGUGACCAGGGACAUUGUUCAUGUGUUAACAAUGCGCUUAAGAGAGUCUGACAAUGAAUUAGAGCAUUUAGAGAGGCAAGUUCAAACAUUAACAAAUUCAAAAGAAGUUCUUGAAGGAGAACUAACAAGUUAUAAAAAUACUCUCAACAACACUGUUUUGGAAUGCAGUGAGUACAAGGAAGCACUUGUGAAUAUAUUAAAAUCGAAAGCAGCACUUGCUAAAGAACAUAAUCGGAUAAUGGAACACAAUGUGUCUCUGAUAGAGAGCCUACAAAAUGUCGAGAAAGAGGCUUACCGUGAAUUGGGAACAAUAAAAAAUGAGUUGAUCGAAGAUGUUGAGUUAAUAAAAAAAGAAUCAAAGUCGCAGAUACAAUUGCUUCGUGAUGAGGUGGAGAAGAAAAAAAUGUUAUGUGAGCUAGCAACAGAGCAUGCGGGACAUGCGACAGCGGCGGCGGAACAAUCGCGCAUCCUUCUCGCCCAGGCGGCGGCGGAAAUGACUCGCCUCGAGAACGAAAACCUCUGUCUUCAGCAACAGAUUCAAGAUCAACAAUCAUUGGUUGUGGAGUUGUCACUACUUCGGCAAGAGAAUGAAGAAUUGACUAUGAAUGUCGCAAAACAGUCCUCCCUCCUCGACAAGCUGAAGAAAGAUGCAGAGCAAAUACACUCUAAUCCAAAAUCACCACAAGUAGUGCGGAAAUCGCACAAAAUUGGGAAGGAAAACUCCCAAACACUUAUAUCGCCUCUAAGAGAGAGAAAUCAUUAAUUUAUCAUUGAAUUUGAAAAUAAUUUAUGACGGCUGUUUAUUUUUUAAAGAAAUCACGUUACUAUUCUAUUUAUUGAUCGUUUUACUGUUUGUACUAGGUACUACUUUUUUUAUUGAAUUUCCAUUUUGCAUGGAAUGAGUUAUGGUUUAAUAUUUGUUCAAAAUUUUUAAUAUAAUUUUGAUUUGA